CAUGUCAGUGCCUCAAAGUCUGUCUGUGUUCUGACACUACGCGCUCAAACUCGAUUGUUUCAGUUCAUCCUGUGUUGUGUGUCCACAUGACGCAAUAAUUAUUUUAGGCUGCGUUUCUCCAAGCCGAUUGGUUUUUAGUUUCGGGGAACACCACCAGGGACCGUCUGUGUGAAGCGGUUAAUGGUACAUGUAUCUGAGUAGGCUUUCUGCCUAAGUUCGCUGCAUUUCGUGAAGAAAUGGCCUGUUGUUAGCCUGAUCUGUGGAGAGGGCGCACACAACGGAAGCUGUACCGUAUGUCGAGCAGCCCUGAACCAGUCCUGCACACCGCCAACGAGUUGACGGCGCCCCUGGACACUCGACGCCGCGUGAGCAUCGCUUCGGAUCCCCCCACAGUAGUGGAUGGGCGCCAUUCACCCCAUUUUGGUGGCCAGGAAACGAGACGCAGGCUAAGCGUCGCUUCAUCAGACCACCCGGCGUCGGACGGUCGCCGCAAGUCCAUUCUGGUGCAGCACACCCCGGACACAAUGAGCGUACACAGUCACUACUCCGGGAACGCCCAUUACGUGAACCACGCCUUCCAACAAGACGUGUUUGCAGACAACGGCAAGCCAGCCAAUGGGGAGGGGCCCCUCAAGAAACACUCAAUGACAGACCCCACGUACGACAAGUUGAAGUUGCCGCAGCCAGAUGACAUUGAAAAGUCAUGGUUGUUCCUUUUCUGCAAGAGGUGUCGGCAGGAAGAGGGCGGGCCAUCCUGGGAGCCACCGUUGUGGCAUCGCCUGUGCCCCUACCCCUUCUGCCCCUCGUACCGCCAGUUCGCCAGGAUACUGUCCCUCUGUCUGAUCGGGCUGCUGUGUUGGGGCGUCGUGUACACCGUGCUGGGCGAAACAGCCGCCCCGGGCGGACAGCUCUUUGGGCUUGCUGUCCUGUGCAUAGCGGCGCACUUCGGCGGCUGGCUCAUGUCUCUGACGACGCUGCCCGCCCUCAUUGGCAUGCUCAUGGUGGGAAUCCUGUUCCAGAACGUGGGGCUGGUGCACAUCGAAGGGGAGUACAAUGAAGUGGUCAGUGAGCUCAGGAAGAUAGCUCUGGUGAUCAUACUUAUACGAGCCGGCCUUGACCUUGAUCCAUCUGCACUGAAACGUUUGCGUAUCACUGUCCCGAAGCUUGGACUUGUGCCUUGGGUGGUGGAAUGUGCUGUCGUUGCUGUGAUGACACAUUACUUGAUGGAUCUGCCAUGGAUCUGGGGAUUUCUCCUUGGGUCUAUCAUAGCUGCUGUGUCACCUGCCGUUGUCGUGUCAUGUCUCUUCAGGCUGCGACAGAAGGGCUAUGGUGUGGCCAAGGGAAUCCCAACUCUCAUCAUUGCAGUGUCUGGCAUUGAUGAUGCAACAUCAGUAGCCAUCUUUGGCAUUAUCCACAGCCUCAUGUUUUCCUCAGAUGCACUUGUUUUCCAGAUCAUUCAAGGCCCUCUGUCCAUCAUUGGAGGCAUUGGGUUUGGAGUUCUCUGGGGAGUUCUAGCUAAAUAUGUUCCUGAAAAGCAAGAUCCGUUUGUGGUACCGCUACGGAUUCUGAUGCUGUUUGGUGGCGGUUUAAUUGCCGUGCUUGGGAGUGAGAGCAUUGGGUAUGGAGGGGCUGGACCCCUUGGCUGCAUCACAGCUGCCUUUGUCUCUUGUUACUUCUGGUCAAAACAAGGCUGGGAAGUUGAGGACAAUCCUGUUGCCACAGCAUUUGAGAUAUUCUGGAUGAUUUUUGAACCUAUUCUAUUUGGAUUGACUGGAACUCAAAUUAAAAUUGAUGAGUUGGAUCGUUGGACAGUUAGCAUCGGCAUUGCAUGCCUUCUUGCUGGAAUCAUUAUUCGCAUCAUCUCUACUGUCUUUGUCGCCAUAGGUGGAAAGCUUAAUCUCAAGGAGAAGAUAUUUGUUGCUCUGUCGUGGAUGGCCAAAGCUACAGUCCAGGCAGCUCUGGGUCCGGUAGCACUGGAUUCUGUGCGUGACGGCAACAGGCCUGACGAGAGAGAGUAUGCUGAGCGGGUGCUGGUGAUCUGUGUGCUCUCGAUCCUGCUCACAGCUCCCAUUGGAGCCAUACUCAUCACUUUGUCUGGUCCACGCCUCCUCAAGAAGACCACAACACCAGCCAUCAUUGAGGGCUGGCGACGCAGUGCUCGUCCAUCUCUCAGGGACAUUUCUAUCAAUGAUGAAGAUGAUGACACAGCAGCCGUGGCCUCAUAGUACAACCCGUCAGUAGCAGUGUACCACUCUUGCCAACAAGACAAAUGUUUUAGGAACUGUUAUGCUGCCUACACGGACUGACACUCAGCUGUUGGUCAUUGCAGAAGUUUACAGAUGCCAACUAUGCAGGGUGGCACAAAACUGUGCAUUCUCAACCUGCAUUUGCCCAUAACAUCUGUGGAUCUGGGUUUGGAGUACAUUGAACUGAGGAUGGCUGUUACGAAUUGCUACAUUCAGCCUGAACAUUUGUGAGCUGCAACAUGUCUGUCAAAUAACAAAUUUAUGAUGACACAUUUUCUGCUGGUUCAGAAGAGACUUUUUGUUUCCAAGCUGAGAAUUAACUCAGAAACGCCCACGUUUUUAAGAGCAGCUCAUUACAUCACUGAUGAUAACGAGCCCAGUGCAUUAUCAGAACUAUUGAAGAGUCACAUUAGAAAGUAGGAAAUUCCGUGAUAGUACAAGAAUAUAUUUUCAGUAUUGGAAAGAGUGGAAAAGUGAUCCUAGGAUGUCCCAUAACGCAGAUAAGACUAUACACAUGGUUAAACAUAGACAAAAGCUGAUGACAUUGUGAAGUACUCAGAUUGUAAAAACGGUCAAGUCACCUUAAUACUAUAACUAAGUGCCUGGUACAUAUGUCAGUGACAUCAUGCUGCCUCCAUUGGGACAGAGCAUCACAGUAUGUGUGCUCCUUACAGAACUACUCCCAAGUGCAUAGCAAAGUCUGGAUUACCGGUAAGUGUCUUGUGUUAAGUGAUGCGUUCAAAUGACCAACAUGGUGAAGCUGCUGGAUAGCGUAACCAUUUUGAAGUAUCUGUCUACAGACAGACUAGAUUAUGCCACUUAGCUACAAUUUGUCAUUGUAUUGCUUAUCAGUGAGUAGGUCUUUUCUGGAGACUGAGGAUGUGUCAAUGUUUGGCUUUGUGUAAUAUAUGUGUUCUAUAUCGGGACGAAUAAAGGCCAUGCUUUACUUUGCUGC